CGUGCUGCCAUUGGCGGCUACGGAGGUCAAUCACUGGGUUCCUGCCAAAGAUUCGGUGAUCGUCGGGGAAAGCUGGAAGGGGCGAGACCUAUGCGUAAACAGCACAGGUCUCUCUCCUGCCAGCAAGGACAUGCUGCUUUGUAUUUCUCUGCACAGCAGAGAAAUAUAAAGCAGCAGGUUUCCCUAGUAAAAACACACACAGUACAUUAUCACAAAAAGCACAGUUAACCCUUUGAUUGCCCCAGAUGUUAACCCCUUCCUGCCCAGAGUCAUUAGUACAGUGUCAGUGCUUUUUAUUAGCACUGAUCACUGUAUUAGUGUCAUUGGGAUGUCAGUGGCAGUUAG